AUGGCGCCCAGCAAACAUGGAGACGACCCGGUGGAAGUGACCCAGACGUGGUUCAGCUCCACCAUCAGAACCAUCAGAACCAUCAGAACCAUCAGAACUGUCUCCAGACGAUGUUCCAUGUUUCCAUGAACUUCUACCUGUCGACCUUCUUGGCUGUUCUGUAGUUAGAUGUGCCCCCCCCCCACAUGUGUGUGUUCGUUCUCCUAGAUGUUCCUCUGCAGAUGCAUGAAGAAGAAUCUCCUGUGUUUGUGUGUUAGCAGCAUGGUCUACUGUGACAACGACGACAACGACGACAACAAUGAUGAAGACGAUGAUGGACGCCAGUCGGCAUUUUAA